GAUUUGUCUUCCAGAGAAGGGGAAAUUCGGUCUCACUUCACCAUUACUUUAAUUUCUUCUCGCGCUCCCUUCUGUUGCGUAACCACUUCCGCUCGUGUGUCAGCUUUCAUAUACCUAGCUAGUCGCCGAGCUCAAUCGCUCUUGCCUACGUCCAUCAAUUAAACAAAGGACGAAUUAAAUCGCAAGAAUGCUAUGGGGUUCCGGUCUUCAAGAUCCUCGCGAUCAGGAUCCCAGGAGGAAUCCAUGGCACAACGACAGCGAGUACAUUGAAAAUGGACAAGAAAGAGUCGUCAACGGAGACGAUAGCAGCAAUAGCAGCAGCCCCAGCGGUGUUGGCAGGACGGGCACCUGGGGAGAACCUGAUGCGGGCAGAUUCGACCCUGCUACCGCAGCGGCGGAUAUUGAUGCUCUUCGAAGAGAACUCACCAGCCUAUCCCGCACAAGAUCGCAGGCCGCUCGCUCGGAGCGAGACCAAGAUGGCCUUAUGCGUACUAUCAGCAGAAAGAGCACUCGUCGUAGCGUGUCUCGUGAGGCAUCUCGCAUUUCACAAACACAUACCAGCGAUUCGACGGCUGCCGAAGACGAAGAGACGGCGGAUGCUGCUGUGGCAGCUGAGAAAGAGGACGAUUUCGAGCUUGGGAACUUCAUGAAGGAAGGAUACUUUGAGAAGAGGAAGGAUGGCAGAUCAGCGAAGAAGGUUGGCGUGGUUUGGAAGCACCUAAACGUGAAGGGAGUUGGUUCAACAGCUACAUUCGUGAAGACUGUUCCCGACGCGAUCCUAGGCACCUUCGGGCCUGAUCUUUACCACCUGAUUACACGUUUUGUCCCCGCCCUACGACUUAAUCGGCAUCAGCAGACUCGCACACUUAUCAACGACUUCUCAGGUGUGCUCAAGGAUGGACAGAUGAUGCUUGUCCUAGGACGGCCAGGAUCUGGGUGCUCAACGUUCCUAAAAGCGAUUGCAAACAACCGAGAGACUUACGCUGCAGUUGAAGGCGACGUACAUUACGGUGGUAUCGAGGCGUCAAAGCAGGCGAAGCAGUUCCGUGGUGAAGUCAACUACAAUGAGGAGGACGAUGUCCACUUUGCCAACCUCAAUGUUUGGCAGACCCUUACAUUCGCAUUGACCAAUAAGACAAAAAAGAAUAGGAAGGAGGAUAUUCCGAUCAUUCUUGACGCUCUUCUAAAGAUGUUCGGUAUCUCGCACACGAAGUACACACCGGUCGGAGAUGCGUUCGUUCGCGGAGUGUCUGGUGGAGAACGAAAGCGUGUGUCGAUUGCAGAAACUUUGGCUGCGAAGUCCACUGUUGUGCUGUGGGACAACUCGACAAGAGGUUUAGAUGCGUCGACCGCGCUCGACUACGCAAAGUCACUUCGUAUCAUGACCGACCUGAGCAACCGGACGACAUUUGUCACCCUAUACCAGGCUGGAGAGGGCAUCUACGAGCAAAUGGAUAAGGUAAUGGUUAUCGACCAAGGCCGUUGCAUCUACGAAGGCCCUGCAAAGGAAGCCAAACAGUACUUUCUUGAUCUUGGUUUCUACUGCCCAGAGCGGCAGACUACUGCCGACUUCCUCACUGCAGUUACUGAUCCCACUGAACGGAAGUUCCGUGAAGGGUAUGAGAACAGCGCGCCAAAGACUCCUGAGGACCUUGAAAGGGCAUUCAGGCAAUCAGCGGCGUACGAGAAGAUUCAAAAGGAUAUUGCACAGUACGAGGAAGAACUCAAGAGAAGUGACUACGUCGACGCGAAGGAGUUUGAGGGCGCUGUUGCAGAGAGCAAGAGCAACAGCAAACUGAAGUCGAAGGACUCGCCCUUCACCGUCUCGUUCGUUAGACAAGUCCUGGCGUGUACGAAGCGUGAAUUUUGGCUCACAUGGGGCGACAAGACAACGCUAUAUACCAAAUUCUUCAUCAUCAUCUCCAACGGAUUGAUUGUCGGCUCUCUAUUCUAUGGGCAAUCUUUGGAUACCUCUGGUGCUUUUACCCGAGGUGGUUCGGCCUUCUUCUCCAUUCUUUUCCUUGGCUGGCUUCAGCUUUCUGAGCUGAUGAAGGCGGUCUCCGGUCGGCAUGUCGUCAAACGGCACAAAGACUACGCAUUCUAUCGACCCAGUGCUGUUACUCUGGCUCGAGUGCUGCAAGACUUCCCGCUCAUUUUGGUUCAAGUCAUUCCCUUUUCGAUCAUCAUGUACUUCAUGACUGGACUUGAUGUUGAAGCUGGAAAGUUCUGGAUCUACUUCCUCUUCAUCUACACCACUACCAUGUGUAUCACAUCGCUCUACCGAAUGUUCGCGGCAAUGUCACCAUCGAUCGACGACGCGGUGAGAUUUUCUGGUCUUGCGCUGAACCUCCUGAUCGUUUUUACCGGAUACGUUAUUCCUAAGCCGCUGCUGCUUUCUAAAUAUAUUUGGUUCGGCUGGCUAUUCCACGUCAAUCCCAUCGCAUAUUCCUUCGAGGCGGUUCUGUCCAACGAAUUUGCAGACCGGAUUAUGGAAUGCGCGCCAUCUCAGCUUGUCCCUCAAGGCCCUGGAGUCGAUCCGGCGUAUCAAGGCUGCAGCUUGACCGGUGCUCAGCCAAAUGCGAAUACCGUCAGUGGAUCCUCGUACUUGCAAACUUCAUUCGAGUAUACGCGGUCUCACCUCUGGCGAAAUUUUGGCGUGGUCAUUGCAUUCACGGUUCUCUAUUUGAUUGUCACUGUCUGGGCGACCGAAUUUCUCUCUUUUGCCAAGGGCGGUGGCGGAGCUCUGGUCUUCAAAAAGUCAAAGCGCGCAAAGAAUGCUAUCAAAGACGGACCGAUUGAUGAGGAGAAGGUCACUGCUGGUGACUCCAGUGGUAACACCUCCAGCGAGGGCACAAAAGACGAGGAGGAAGCACUUGCCUCCAUCUCGAGCAGCGAAAGUGUGUUCACAUGGAAGGACGUCGAAUAUACCGUACCAUAUCAAGGGGGCGAACGUAAGCUUCUCAACAAGGUCAACGGUUAUGCAAAGCCUGGUGUAAUGAUCGCCCUUGUUGGCGCCUCCGGCGCUGGAAAGUCCACUUUGUUGAACACACUGUCGCAGCGCCAGACCACGGGCGUUGUGUCUGGUGAAAUGUUCGUCGAUGGCAAAGGUCUUGGAAAAUCGUUCCAGCGUGGAACAGGUUUCUGCGAACAGAUGGAUCUUCAUGAUGGCACUGCGACCAUUCGUGAGGCACUUGAAUUUUCUGCCGUCUUACGACAAGACAAGAACGUUCCGCACAAGGAAAAGAUUGACUAUGUCGACAAAAUCAUCGAUCUGCUUGAGUUGCAAGAUGUUCAGGAUGCUCUUGUUGCCAGCCUCGGUGUCGAGCAGAAAAAGCGCGUCACCAUCGGUGUUGAACUUGCAGCAAAGCCUUCGCUCCUCCUCUUCUUGGAUGAGCCUACCAGCGGACUCGACAGCAACUCUGCGUACUCGAUCGUCACUUUCCUAAAGAAGUUGGCUGCUGCGGGUCAAGCAAUUGUCUGUACCAUUCAUCAGCCCAGUAGUGUUCUCAUCCAGCAAUUCGACAUGAUCCUGGCACUCAAUCCUGGCGGUAACACCUUUUACUUCGGCCCAGUCGGAGAGAACGGCAAGGAUGUCAUCAAAUACUUCGGCGAUCGUGGCGUACAGUGCCCUCCAAGUAAGAACGUUGCGGAAUUCAUUCUUGAAACCGCAGCCAAGCCAGUCAAGCGCAAAGACGGCACCCGUAUCAAUUGGAACAAAGAGUGGCUGGAGUCUGAUAAUGCCAAGGAGGUUCUAAGGGAGAUCGAACACAUCAAGACUGAGCGCAUUCAGAAGGCUUCCGCCAAUGAAGAUACUGAGGAGGAGUCUGAGUUCGCUGCAUCUGUCUGGCUACAGACUACCAUGCUCACCAAGCGUACCUUUCUUCAGCAGUGGCGCGAUCCAUCCUACGUCUACGGAAAGCUCUUCACUGCUGUACUCAUUGGGAUUUUCAACGGCUUCACAUUCUGGCAACUCGGCAACACCAUCGCCGACAUGCAAAACAGGAUGUUCACCUCGUUCUUAAUCGUUAUGAUUCCACCCACGAUCGUGAAUGCUGUGGUGCCCAAGUUUUACCAGAACAUGGAGUUGUGGAAGGCACGUGAACUUCCGUCCAGAAUCUAUGGGUGGUUUGCAUUUGUCACCGCACAAGUUGUUUGCGAAGUUCCUAGCGCCAUCAUUGGUGCGCUUCUUUACUGGGUUAUAUGGUACUUUCCUACCGGCCUGCCUACUGAUAGCUCCACAUCUGGCUACGUUUUCCUCAUGACGUUGCUCUACUGGCUCUUCGUUAGCAGCUGGGGACAGUGGAUUUGCGCUUUCGCGCCUUCAUUCACCGUUAUCAGCAACGUACUACCUUUCUUCUUCGUCAUGUUCGGUCUGUUCAACGGUGUGGUUCGGCCUUAUUCCAUGCUUCCAGUCUUCUGGAAGUAUUGGAUGUACUGGGUUAACCCCGCAACCUAUUGGAUUGGUGGCGUUCUUGCAGCAACACUCGAUGGCAUUCCAAUUGAAUGUGCUUCGCAGGAGACAGCCCAGUUUGACGCACCACCCGGUCAAAGCUGCUCCAGCUAUGCCAGCGACUUCUUGCAGCAAGCCCCUGGCUAUCUUUUGAACCCUGAAGCCACAAGUGGUUGCAUGUACUGUCCUUACACAACCGGAAACGAUUAUCUCGCCACACUCAACAUCCAGGCCAGCCAAAAGUGGAGAAACUUUGGUAUCUUUCUUGCCUUCUGCAUUAGCAACUGGGCACUCGUAUAUUUCUUCGUAUGGAGUGUGAGGAUCAAGGGAUGGAGCUUUGGGUUCGGGAAGCUUUUCGGUGUAAUGGGCAAAGUUGUAGACAAGCUCAAGGCGAAGGGAAAGAAGAAGACAGGGGAGAGCAAGGCUUAGGUGUUCAAGGACAGGAAGCCGUGAGAGAAGUGGCUCUAUAUGUUCAGAGUUUUCGUCCCAGAAGUCAGCAACUGUUUUUAGCGAUGCAUAGCCAUAUACCAUGCGUCGGAUUCACCC